AUGACCACAAUGCAGAUGAGUUCUAGUCAAGGAACUGCAAGCAGUUCAAUUCAUUCGAAUCACCGAGAGAAGAGAGAAGAAACUGAUCACUUUUUCUCCAACUUCGAUGAAAGAACAUACACUCCAUUGUGCAACAUUUCAAGUCAAACAGUCAACGAUGUCUUUUGGAUCGUCCAACUCCGCCUUGUUGUAGAAUCAAUUACGAAGAAAAAAAUCAAACAAUACAUAUAUUAUAAAAUUUUAAUUAUGGAAAGAGCUAAGGAAUUCAUGAGGAAAUUGCGCGUAUUUUUAGGAGAAGAUAACCAUCUAGAAUUAGGGACACGAGAAUUAGGAAAUACAAUUGAUUUCCCAUGUUUUAAUGAACAUAUGAUGGAUGCGAACAGUAUAAUGACGGAACCAUAGACGGUUGAACAAUUGAUGGGCAGGAUGCUCGGAUUGCAAGAAUUUACGCAGGAAGUCAUACCUCUAAAUUCAAUGGAACCAACUUGUAAUGAAUUGGG